AUGAAGGCCUCCGUCGUCACUCUCGCUCUCUUCGGCGCUGCUGCCAUCGCCAACCCUGUCGCUGUCGAGAAGCGCGAGAUCGAGCCCCGUGCCGUCAACCUGGUCCCCGCGCUCGCCGGUAUCACCGGCGGCACUGGCCUUGGCAACCUGGGCGCGGGUGUUCCCGGCAAUGCCCUGGCUCCGGUGACCGCCAUCACUGGCAUCACCGGCAACCCUGUCUCCGCCAUCCCUGUGGGCACCACCCUCACUCCUGAGCAGGUGUUUGCCCUGGCCACCAGCCUUCAGUACCAACUUGGCAACCUCACUCUCCUUACCUCCAACCUGCCCACCGGCGGCCUUUUGGGCGGCGGACUCAGCGCCGGACAGCUCGGCUCUAUUCAGAACGGCCUCGGUAGCCUCCAGGGCACCCUCACACCCCUUCUCAACCCUACCGGUCUCCUGUCCAACCUUGGUAGCCUCGGCGGUGCCACCGGCGGCGUCUCCAACAUUGUACCGCUCCAGAACCUGCUCGCCGCUAUCCCCAACCUCAUCAACGUCGUCACCGGCCUCCUUGGCCUCCUCGGCGGCCUCGGCGGUCUCGGUGGUCUCCUCGGCGGUGGCAUCGGCCUCUAA